CGCGGGGACAUCAAGCUAGGCCAGGUGAGACUGCUUCUUGAAAAAGCAUCCAAGCUAUCAUGUGAAUGGGGCUGCAUCCCAGUUAUACUUUGUGGGGAUCUAAAUAGCAUUCCACAGAGUCCUAUAUACCAAUUCUUAGCAUCAUCCAAGCUGGACAUUCGGCUUUAUGACCGCAGGAAAAUCUCAGGACAAAUCGAAACUAAUUCAAAUUGCAGAGCCUUCAGACCUCCAAAUGAGAAAACAAGCAGGUGCAGCUUACAGACGUCGUUAUCAAGGUCGUUGCAUGUAUGGAGUGAAGAAGAAUUAAAGCUUGCUACAGGCUGUGAAGUGACUGCACAUCUCGAGCACCGUUUAAAUCUUUGCAGUGCAUAUCUUGGUGCUUGUGGAAGUUGUAGAACGAGGGAUAAUUAUGGAGAACCCCUAGCAACUUCCUACCACUCCAAGUUUAUGGGCACUGUUGACUAUAUUUGGCACACCGAGGAACUUGUUCCUGUUAGAGUUCUUGAAACCUUGCCCAUUGAUAUCUUGAAAAGAACUGGCGGACUCCCUAGUAAGAAAUGGGGAAGCGAUCAUCUUGCUCUAGUUUGUGAACUAGCUUUUGCAGACUAGAGGGACAACAAGCCCUGACAUCGGCGACACUCUAAUAAGGUUACGGCAGGGUAGAGUUCUUUAGUAGCACUUUUCUUUGAGCUUCUAAUUUAAGCUCUUACCAGUAGCACUUACAGCAUAGCAAUUUUAAUUUCCGAGUCGAAUUCUUUUGGGGGCGAACUUAGCCUUGCGGGCAUGGCAUCAGAAGAAUUGGAAGCUGCGCUGGUUCAAGAUUUCUGCAACGGUCAGCUACACCCUCUAUUUUUUUUCUUCGUUUGUUUUCAUGGUGAUUCAGAUACUUACCUAUAGAACAAGAUUCCAGUGUCUAAGAGCUACAAAUGUAUAUUAUGAUUUGUAUUUCAAUAGGUAAAAAGAUUAUUGGAUUAGAAGCUGUUUUAUUCAUCUUCAAGUUCAACUAUGCAACUACUUUUUUUUUAUAAUGGAAUAAAGUAAUGUUAAAGCAUGGCAUGCAGGUAAAAAUUGAUGCAUUGGA